CAAAAUUUUAAACGAGAAAAUUAAAUUUAAAAUCACAAAAAACAAGUUAAAUUAGGAUUUUUAACGAGUUUGUUGAAAAAACUUAGAUUUUUUGGGGUUAGAUGUCGUCGGAGUUUAUUGUUUUUACUAAAUUGUCGCCGGAAUAAAAAUUCUUACCAAUCUGUCGCUUGAGAUUUUUUUUUUUAUUUUUUUUUUUACCAAUUUGGUCAAUUGGCCUAAACAAGUCCAAAGGUUUUAUUAUACUCACAUUUUGGUUUCGUCUAGUUCUCCUAGCUUUCUUUUUCGAAAGGUUAUACACACGAUGACACGAGCAAUAAUUGGCACACGUGUAGGAGACUUGGACUCGAGAAAACUAAGGUAAUGUUGCAAACUCUCACCUCUUAACUCUUCUCCUACUCAACAUCAAAUAACUUGCCUUCUCCUGCCUCCUUUCCUUUUCCUUGACUUCCCCCUUAAUUUUUAGUAUUUUCGCUCACUACUUAUUUCCUCUUUUAUAUUCCUUAAAGCUAAAUUUUGUAUCUUUUUAAUCUUUAAAUUCUCCUCUUUCUGGGUUUUAUUCCUUUUUUUUUGUACUGAAUUGGGUUCAUCACAAUUAUUGAUUUACUCGACCCUUUUUCUGGUUUCUGUGCGCUUUGUUUUCAAGCAGAUAAAGGUAUUGCACAAUCCUGACGCUGAAAAGGGUAACCUUUUAAUAACCAUUAUAAGGUAUUUGCUGACCAUUUAUGAUCAUAAUGGAUCCCAAAGGUGGAUCUUGGGUUGGUGAAAUGUAUCAAAAGUUUGAGGCCAUGUGUGCUGAAGUGGAGGAAGUUAUUUCCGAGGAUACUCUCAAAUAUGUUGAGAAUCAGGUGCGGACUGUCGGAAAAACUGUUAAGAAAUUCUACUCAGAUGUCAUUCAAGAUUUGCACCAACCAUCGUCAUUAGAUACAGUAAAAUCUGGGGAUCCCCUUAUGACUGUUAUCCAUCAUGGUGAUGGUAAAAUCUGUAGGAACCCAAACGUAGAUGAUAAAACUAAACCUGUUGAUGCUACACCUGAGAAAAUGGUAAACAAUGUUAACGGCGCUGCUGCUUGUGAUGACAGUAUAUAUGGGUAUUGUGAUUCUGCAAUCUGCAGCGUGAUUAAGCCAUGUGAACCAACAUCCAAUAAAUCUCCUAGAGAUAAUAAGUGUACUAAAGUAAACUCUCGGAUCCGUGGCACUAAAUCGGCUUUAUCAAAUAAAUCUACACAUGUGGCAAAAAAUCUGGAUUGUAGAAAAGAUUCUCAGAACAAGUGUCUCUCUAAUUCUCCAAGCAUAAAUGCCACUGUGACAAACAAUACUGAUGAAGAAGUCACAUUUAUUGCACCCCAUAAGGAAAGUGAUAAACCUUCAUUUGUACAUAGGGAUGCCAAUUCAGAGGAGGCUUCCAAAGUGAGUGACAAUGAAAAUGACAUAGGAGUUUCCGGGGAGAUGAUAGAAGGCUAUGAAGGAGGUGAUGUUAUUAAUGAAAAGGAGAUGAGAAUGCUUUCUGGUGAACACUUUUCAACUGACGUAGACAUAUCACCAAAGAAGGCUGAUGCUGCUGAUUUGAGUGCCAUAAUCACCAGCACUAAAGAGAAGUCUGUAAAGUUUGGUGAGGAGGUCUCUAUAUCUCUUAGAGAAACAUUGCGUUCCUUUGAUUCCAGUGAAGUCAAAGGAUGUGAUGCUGAUAAACAAAAUGUUCUAAUUGGGGAACAACUUAAUCUGGUCAAACUUGAGGACUCCUGUGUUCUGGUGGAGAUGAAUGAUAACUCUGCUAAAUAUGCUCCUGAUCACAUACAGAAAUCUUACAAGAAGAAAAUCCAAGAUGUGUUUUCACCAAGGAGAUGGACAAAAGGCAAGCGAGAGCAGGAGCAAUUUGCUGUAUGGUAUGAAGAUCAAAGAGGAAGGAACAUCUCUUCUUCCACAAUGCAGGUAGAAAUUCAGGAAUCACAAGUUUCUGAAUCCUUUGAAUCGGACUGGGAACUUCUCUAGGACCAUCAAACCUAGUAUGAUCACCGCAGAUAACUCCAGUAGUCUUGCAGUGAUGGCGCCCCCUUUCUCAAGAAUUGCGGUGGUGUUCUUGUGAGUGUCAAUAAUCAUGUAUUUAAGUAACGUCCAUAUAUACUGCUAUUACAAGUUCAAGUUGAGAUUUGGAAACUGCGAAUUAAUAGCUGCGGCAAUUGAAUAAGAUUCAAUUAUCUCAUCCCCAAGAUGCCCUUUUCCUGAAGUGAUUUGUUGUAAAUAAGUUCCCACAAACUCAAUCAUUCUGCUAUCUACAUACCAAGUAUAAAUUCGCCGUUUUUUUUGGAUAUCA